AUUUUAGAUUGCAAAAUUCAAACCGCUCAUCACUAAUUCAUAUAAUUACAAUGCGAUAUUUGUCAUAUCAACGUCAGCGCAAAUUCAUUGUAAGUGCAUUGUAUCAUCUUGGAACUGCAAGUAAACAUACUUUAAGCGUAAAUACCGGCAUGUCGGAAAAGACUGAAAAGGUUGCUACCGAAACUUUUGUAUAUCCUCAAGCUCGUAAGGAUAUUACAAUUGAAGAUAACUUUCACGGCACGAAAGUAAAAGACGUCUAUCGUUGGCUUGAGGAUCCUGACGCAGUAGAGACUCAGGAUUAUGUUGAUAGUCAAAAUAAGAUCAGUCAACCGUUUCUUGAAGAUUGCGAGCAAUGGAAAAAAGUAAAUAGUAAACUUACCAAAUUGUGGAACUAUCCGAAAUAUGGAUGUCCAAUGCAAUACGGAAAAUAUUAUUAUUAUUUCAUGAAUACUGGCUUGCAAAACCAGAGUGUUAUGUAUCAACAAGACUCUAUAGAUGGAGAGAGCAAAGUAUUCCUCGAUCCCAACAACUUGUCUGAGGAUGGCACAAUUGCAUUGUCUCAAAAAUCUUUCUCUGAUAAUGGUGAAUUUAUGGCUUAUGGGCUUAGUGAGAGUGGCUCCGACUGGAUUAAAAUACGUAUUCGUAAUGCUGAAACCGGAAAAGACUUUGACGAAAUACUUGAAAAGGUUAAAUUCUCUGAGAUUUCGUGGACCAAGGACAACAAGGGUUUCUUUUACGGAAGGUAUCCAGACCAAGACGGCAAAACGGAUGGAUCCGAAACGAAACAAAACCAAAACCAAAAACUUUAUUAUCAUCGCAUUGGAGAAAGUCAGGAUAAAGAUGUCUUGGUUGUUCAAAUUCCCAAUGAACCAUCUUGGCGUUUCCAAUCUGUUGUAUCUGAUUGUGGAAAAUAUUUGAUAUUAGCGAUUGUUAAAGAUUGCCGGGACAAUAUUGUAUACUACGCUGAUUUAAUACCCGGAGAAGAUAUCAAUUCGGAGCUGGAAGUGAAAACCAUUAUAGAUAAAUUUGAAUCAGAUUACGACUACAUAACAAAUGAGGGUUCAAAGGUAUAUUUCCGUACAAACAAAAAUGCUCCAAACUACCGCGUCAUAUGCAUUGACUUUGACAAUCCAUCUGAAGAAAAUUGGGAAACUUUAAUACCAGAACAUGAAAAGGAUGUAUUGGACUGGGCUAAAUGUGUCAACGAAGAUAAAAUUCUUCUCAGUUAUAUAAGAGAUGUUAAGACAAUUUUGCAAGCCAAUUCGCUGCAUACUGGAAAACUCAUUCGCGAAUUUGAUUUGGAUAUUGGUACUAUUGUUGGAACUACUGGAAAGAAGAAGUAUUCGGAGAUAUUCUAUAAUUUUUCAUCUUUCCUAAAUCCUGGAACAAUUUACCAUUACGAUUUUAAGUCGCCGGAUGAGGCCCCAAAGGUGUUUCGAGAAAUUAAACUUAACUUGGAAGGAUUCAAUCGCAAUGAUUACACAGUUGAGCAAAUUUUUUACUCCAGCACAGAUGGUACCAAGGUACCAAUGUUUAUAAUCCGGAAAAAGCGAGAUACUAUUGAACCACGACCAUGUUUGCUUUAUGGUUAUGGGGGAUUUAAUAUUAGCAUGCUGCCAUCAUUUGGACUUACUGGUCUUAUGUUUGUGGACACAUUCGAUGGCGUAUUGGCGUAUCCCAAUAUCCGUGGGGGUGGCGAAUACGGUGAAAAAUGGCACAAUGGCGGACGAUUGCUUAAUAAGCAAAAUGUUUUUGAUGACUUCCAGUCGGCUGCUGAAUAUUUGGUUAAAAACAAUUAUACGUCGAAAGACCGAUUGGCAAUUCAAGGAGGAUCCAAUGGUGGUCUUUUAGUCGGUGCUUGUAUCAAUCAGCGUCCAGAUUUGUUUGGUGCAGCUGUUGCUCAAGUUGGUGUAAUGGACAUGUUACGUUUCCAUAAGUUUACUAUUGGUCAUGCUUGGUGUUCAGACUAUGGAAAUCCCUCUGAAAAAGAACACUUCGAUAAUCUAUACAAGUUUUCGCCCUUGCACAAUGUUCAUACACCACAAAUUAAAAGUAAAGAGUAUCCAGCUACACUAAUUUUAACAGCUGAUCACGACGACCGGGUUAGUCCGCUGCACUCGUUGAAGUUUGCCGCAGCAUUGCAAGAAGCUGUGCGCGAUUCUGAUAUCCAAAAGAAUCCUGUACUACUGCGCGUAUACAAAAAAGCAGGUCACGGCGCUGGAAAACCAACAUCAAAGAGAAUUGAGGAGGCCACCGACAUUGUUACAUUUAUGAUAAAGAGUCUUAAUGUCGACGUGAUUAACCUUUAAUUUUUAAUUCAAAUAUUUAUAUACUUAUCCGAAAACUUGAUUUGUGUCCAUUUAAAUCUAAAUUAUGUACAACUGAUGGGCCAAUAAUAAUAAAAUGCAUUUACAUUGAAGAAA